GGUCAUGGAGCCCGCCUUCUGCACGUUGUUCCUCCCACUUGCUUGGCUCCGACUUCCGCUGGACAUCUUCCUCCUCCCGGAUCUAUCUGCUUAUGGGCGUAAACACAUUCUCCGCUGCCGUACACAUCGCGCCGGUUGCCUUCAAGACUCUCGUCAAGCAUGGUCGAAAGAAGGCCCACAAAUUCAAGGACGGCGAGGCAACUGAGGAAGCCACAGAUGAUAUAUUCUUCGACGAGGGGUUCCAUAUAGUGAAGGCCUUCAUAGAACUCGGGACUCAUAACAGUGUGGAGUCUCUGCAAGCAUUCACCAACACGCACGUACCCGCGCCUCCCUGGGCUGCCGUCGCGCCGGUGCAAAUCCCAUUUCCGUCGUGCAACAAGGCCGCUGACGUCCUCGUCGACUGGUUUGGUCCUGAUGAUCUGAAGUAUGUAGUCGGCGGCGAGCGCUGGUGGCAAGUCAGAGGAUUGGAUGGUAUCGACUCGGAGUGGGUUACCGAACACAAGUACCUCAGCAAUGAAGAGGUUUCUCCGAGCGAGAAGCUAUCUGAAACGGAAAAAUAUAUCCCGCGAAUGGAACAUCUUGAGAGUGUCAUGCUGUAUGUGCAUGGAGGUGCCUACUUCUGGGGGUCCAUCAACACGCAUCGCUAUCAAAUCAUCCGCUACGCUCGUAAAAUCAAGGGUCGAGCGUUUGCAGUGAACUACAGGAAGGCGCCGCAGUAUCCAUGGCCAUGUGCUCUUCAGGAUGUUCUCGCAGCCUACUUCUAUCUCACAGACCCUCCGCCUGGUGCCUUACACAAACCGGUGCCCCCAUCCAAGAUUGUUUUCGCGGGAGAUUCCGCGGGCGGCGGAUUAUGCUUGACCGCUCUUACUGUGCUUCGGGACAUGGGUAUACCACAACCGGCGGGUGCAGUACUCAUCAGCCCUUGGGUUGACAUGACGCAUAGUUUUCCUAGCGUCAUGCAGAACACUCCGACAGAUAUCAUCCCGCCGUAUGGAUUCAUCCACAAGCCGUCUCCAACUUGGCCUAUACACUCAUUACCAGAUGAGAACGGGCGUGCUCGCGUCAUCCCGACGCAGACUAACCCUCCCCCGCGACCUGGCCACGCGGAUACACUGCAGCCCAGCAGGAGUCGCAUGGCCUCUCAAGCUGAUGAGCUUGCGGAGCAAAGCGCGGAGGAAGGCAGAGACGUGCAGAGUAAGGACCUCAAAGAUGAGCAUGUCGGAAGCCAAGAGGCGAUGUUAAGGCAGUCUCAGGAGACGCCGCCGGAGCCUGACUCACCAGUCAGAGCUAACGGUGGCAGCCGGGAGUCUCAGUUGGCCAAUGGGGCCCAUGUGAAUGGUGUCUCUGAGCCUAGUGCGGAUGGAAACACUCAUUCGGCUUCCAAGGAACAGACCCCGAGAGGCAACGAGGAAACGGACCCGGAGGCGACUUCUCAGGACCGUCGGAAAAAGCAGGGUCAAGACGAAUCUGGUCAAGAAUAUGAUCCGGAAUUCUGGGAGCCCAAACCACCGAAGGUUCUCAUGGAUGACCCGCACGCGAUGCCACUCGAGCUCCGUUCCCAAAUACAGCUCUAUGCCACAAAUGAACAGCUCACGCAUCCGUUGGUGUCACCCGUUUUGCAAGGCUCGCUCGGCAACCUGUGCCCAUUGUACGUCAUCUGCGGGGAUGGCGAGGUAUUGCGGGACGAGAUUAUCUACAUGGCCCACAAGGCUGCGCAUCCGGAGGAGUACCCCGCAAGAGGCGGAGUUCUGCAGGAAGGUCGACGUCAGAAGGAGAAUGCAGAGCGGUUCAAGACGCCGACGAAGGUUCACCUACAAGUCUACGAUGACAUGUGUCACGUUUUGACCGUCUUCACCUUCAUACGUUGCGCGAAGUAUGCGUACAGCUCUAUCGCUCAGUUCGUCAGGCACGUCACGAUGCAGUCGUCGGAGCACUUGGAGCGGAACCCAUUUCCCGAGUUCCACAUUCCGCCAGAGGAGCUUGACGAGCCCGAGGAUGAUAUGGAAGAUCCAGCAGAACGCCCGCGUGUCGGGCACGCUCUCAACAACGGCGAGAAGGCUCUCAGGGAGAAGGGCCCCGUUGGCGAGGUGCCUUCCGGUCAGGAAGACUUCAGAAGGAACGAGCAGAGGGCGAAGGAAGAAGUCAAGGAAGGCGCAGCGGAGCAGUUGCCCGCUGGCACAGAGAGUGAAUCAGAAAGGCAUAAUGGAUCGGGGAAGGACAUUCCACAAGUCAUCACUCUCAGAGAACGGGUUGACAUAUUCGGCAAAGUGAGGCCCAUGGAGCCGAAGGAGGAUAUCCCGGCGCUGCAGGUGAAGCCUCAGUCGGUCGGCAUCAUCAAGGAGCCUCCUGUAAAGAGGUGGCUCACAGGCCAGGAGAUGUGGGACAAGAGGUACAAACACAAGGCGCAGAAGGUGAUUAAGCAGAGGCGAAAGUACGAGGAGAAGGCGGCGCGAUUGCUUCAGCAUGCACACGAGCAAGGGGUCAUCCACGACAGCAUGUCGCGACCCACCGUCGACCAUCGAAGUCAAAGCCAUUUCUCGCUUGCUUCUGGAGCUUCCGGUACCAUCGUGCCGGAUCGCCGCUGGGGUCCCUUGGACCUGCAACAUGAGACUCCUGCCCCGAGUGCUAUCGCAGGACGACGGGAUACGGCUGAAGCAGUUGCUCUCCUCAAGAAGAAUGUCUAUCACACCGCGCCAGCUACGCAUAAGAUGGUACCGAAACUCAAGGCCUCUGAUGUUGUCCGAGGGGCCUUUGAGAAGCAAGACCAUCCCCGUGGUCCACCGCCGCAAUCUGAGCAGCAGGUCUACCAACCGAGCUCGCCAAUGCAUGGUCUGCGCAUAUGGCAAUCACUUGUUACAUAUUUCAUGCGGAAGAGCACCGAGAAGGCAGCGACGAAGGCGGCUCACGGUAAGGAGCAUGCAGCGUCAGCUCUCAGUGGUGCAGGGAAGACACUCCAGUUCAAGUCCUCGCAGUCUCAUGGUUGAUAGGGCCAUCAGAGUGACCCCCAUGUUUUUCUUCGGCCGGGAGAACUGAUUGCAUGCAUAAUGGACACUUCAGUACUACUUACAUAAACGGACGACGCAAGCCCUUCGUUGGGGAUCCUUGAUAUUUGCUGUAACAAAACGACUAUCCUACCGGAGGCAGCAUCUACAGGCAGCUCCAAUGUUAGGCCGGGGAGGGCGAACAAUUGGGAUUUGGAUGUUUCGGAGCAUUGAGCAAGCGCACGGACCUGGUACACGC